AUGGAGCUCUUCUCACAGCCGGUAAUAAGAAUGAAUCCCAACCCAGUAACAGAAGGGGAUACCUUGUCCCUAACAUGUGACACACAGAGGGGCCGAUAUGGAGAAAAUACCCAACUGGUGUUUGUUUUCUACAAGGGGAAGGAUGAAGUGCAGCGCAGUCUCUCCAGUGAAUACAGACUCCCAUCAGUUCGGGUGCAACACUCUGGGGAAUAUCGCUGUGCAGCAGUAACACCAGAUAACAGAGUGUAUAAAGCGAGUUUAACUAUAACUAUCCAGGUACCCGAGCUCUUCUCAAGACCACAAAUAAGAGUGAAUCCAAACCCAAUAAGAGAAGGAGAUACCUUGUCCCUAACAUGUGACACACAGAGGGGCCAAUAUGGAGAAAAUACCCAACUGGUGUUUGUUUUCUACAAGGGGAGGAAUGAAGUGCAGCGCAGUCUCUCCAGUGAAUACCGACUCCCAUCAGUUCGGGUGUAUGACUCUGGGGAUUAUUCCUGUGCAGCAGCAACACCAGAUAACACAGUGUAUAAAGAGAGUCCACCUAUAACUAUCCAGAUACCCGAAAUGUUCUCUGAACCCGAACUGACAGUGAGCUCCAACCCUAUUACAGAAGGCUCAGCCCUGACCCUGACAUGUGUUAUAACUUCCAGUACAGUCAGCACCCGGGAACUGCAGUUUGCUUUCUACUGGGAUGGGCAGGAGCUGCAGGGAUUCACUUCAUCCAAUCAGUAUCAAGUUUACUCAGUUCAGCUGGAGGAUUCUGGGAAUUAUUCAUGCAAAGUACAACAUCCAGCUACAGGAAUAAGUAAAGCAAGUGAGGUGUCCUAUAUCCAGGCAGUAGGAGGAGCAGUCAGACCUGUGGUUUCCUUAUCCCCCAACUGGGCCAACAUAUUAACUGGUGAUUGGGUGACUCUGACAUGUGAUGUGGGUUCUACAGCAGGAACAGCACCCAGAUAUUCCUGGUAUAAAGACAAUGAGAUGAUGAAUAAUAAUAAACAGACUAAUAGGCAAAGCUUAAUCAUUAACAACGCUAAGACGACAGACAGUGGUACUUACCAGUGCCAGACGGAUACCAGUGAGAGGAAUGAGCCUGUCAGCCUGAGUGUUACUGAUGGCCCUCUCAUCCUGCAGGCACCCCCAUAUGUGUAUGAAGGGGACUCCCUGGCUAUGAGAUGUUACAGCGAGUCUGGGGGUGACACAAUGUUCUACAAGGACAAUAAUCCAGUGGCGCCCACGUAUGGUGAUAUUUUACAUAUGAAUCAAGUCAAUGUGACUGCGACUGGUACAUACAGAUGUUCCAAAGAUAAGACAUAUCAAACUGAUGACGUCUUUAUUUCUGUAAGAGCAUCUUCCAAUAUCCCUGAGGAGCUUUUGAUUCAAAAUGAUGUUUGUGUUUCAUGGAAAGCUGAGCUUGGAUUUAAGGAGACGUCUAUCUCUCCAAAAACCAAGAAGAGCAUCUAUGUCAUUGUGGUAAUGGGAAUCAGUCUUCAAGAUGGAUAG